GUUUGGAGCACUAAAUAGGAGACGCACACCCAUUCCCCUGAUUCGUUUCUGAGAGCUCGAGGCUGAGUUAGCUACCUAGUACUAGUAGCCGCUACCUAGUACCCUCGCCCAAGUUACUUCCUCCUAUUUUUCUUUCUCUCUCUGCGCCCCUAACACCACCCACUUCCUUUUCUGCAUUUUUAUCCUUCAUUCGCCUCUCUAUUCUAUUCCCAUGCUUCUUCCUUCUUAAUCACUCUGAUUUCCAUUGCACCCUCUCCACCCUCGGUUUUCGGCCAACCCAUAGAUUCUCGCAAAAUUUCCCUCUUCCAACUAUCAUCAAAAUGCUUUCCGUUAGGAAUUUGUGGAGGCGGCAUAGGAGGAAGAUUUUCGUCACUGUUGGUGUUUUAGGAAGUGGGUAUCUUUUGUAUAAGCUCUAUGGGGCUCACAGGCAUGGGGUUCAGGAACUUGAAAGAGAACUCGCAGUGCAGAGGGAGUCUGAGGAGCUUAUGAAGGCUCAGAUGCAAGCUCACUUUGAGAAUAUUCAGAGGAUAUCUGAUGUAACAUUGCCUCUUGCUAUGCACGACUUAAGCUGUCGGAUCACAGAAGAGUUGGAUCUUUCUCACCUUCUUGAAAGGCUAAUACAAGGAAAGGGUCAACCAAACGCCUUAACACAAUCAGAGAAACUAGAUUUAUGGAGUAGACUCAAAAUUCUAAGUUUUACAAGAAUGACAUUGUCGGUAUGGACUACAACAAUGCUUAACUUAUACACAAAAGUUCAAGUCAAUAUACUAGGAAGGCAUCUAUACAUCGAUACAGCACGAAGCCUCGGAAUCUCUGAUUCAGUGGAAAGUGGAGAUGUGGUUGGUAAGGAAGACCAGAAGAAAUUUUUAGAUAGUGUUGAUUUUCUCUCUCAGCAUGGCAUGCCUGCCUUGAUUACUGAUAUGGAGGCAGCAACAAAUGAGGUUCUCAAAGGAAAGCAGUUGAGUACUUCCUUCAACAGCACAACACUUCAUGAAACUAUCAUGCGGAUACUCAAUACCUUCAUGAGCAAGGGGACUCCAAAUUCUUGGAUAAAGUAUAUGAUUCCUGAAGAUGUUAAAUCAUUUUCCACAUCCUCUGGCAGUGAUGACCAAGUGCCAUCUGAUGUGACUGAAUUUGAACAACUUAUGAUGGAAGCACAGGCAGUAUUAUCAAGUGCUGAAUUUGGAAGCAUUGUAGAGAUGUCUCUGAAAGCAGUGGUGGAUACACUGGUGGAGCUCAUGGGGGCUAAAUUUAGUGGGGGAAGUGUAACAGCGGGUGUGCCGCUGGCCAGAGUGUUGCCGCAAGUUGCACAGAUGUGUCCUUUGCUCCUUGAAGAACCCAGCAAAAAUCAGUUCAUCCAAAUCAUUAAAAAUAUACAGGAGGUUGAACUUUUUUUCACUCUCCUCUAUGCAAAUAUGCCACAUGCGUAGUGAUUAAUAUUUAUGCUUCAAAUGAAAGAAACCAAAAGAGAUUUAAUUUAUUGCAUGAAAGGCACCGGGCAAUGUACAAAAAAUUAGACGAGGUUCAAAAGAGAUAUAGGAGCGAAAUUGUUAGCUUUCAUCUUUUCAAUGUGACAUUUCCCAUUUGUUGUAAUUAGUGAUGCAUAAUGCUCCUCCUUUGGCUCUAACGUGGCGUUUGGAGGAACCAGGUUUUUUUUAGUGCUAUAGCUUGCUUUAUGAUCAGUGCUGUACACAAGGGAAAUGACUUUAUCGUCUCAUUUAUUUACUUUGUUCAUGCAGUGCUUGUCAGA